AUCUCGGUGUUGCAGCCAUUCUGCUCCAACUUUGAAUCUCUUUCUCCCCAAUAAGUAGCUCAAACGCUAAAAUGGCGAGCAUUGCGAGAAAUAUUUGUAUUUCAAAAACUUUGAAUAAUAUAACAAAACUACUCGGGAACAUAACUUUACAGCCAAAUGUUAUUUCGAGUUCCGUUGUAAUAUGUAAGCCAAGGAUAUAUUGUAGUCAGCAUGCUUUCUUACAUGUUACAUCAAAGCAAAAUGACUUGAUGGAAUUCUUUGAUCACAAAGAUAACUGGUCUGAAAAAGAAGUUAAAGCAGGACGUCCUUGGUUCAAGAGCGAACUGAGAUUAAAGAGCAAUGAGGACUUACAUAAAUUAUGGUUUGUUUUACUGAAAGAGCGGAAUAUGCUUUUAACAAUGGAACAUGCAUAUAAUGAGAGGUUUGCUAAUAUGCCUAGUCCUGAACGCAGAGACAAAGUCGAAAAAAGUAUGGAAAAUUUAGAAACAGUAGUUCGUGAAAGAAACCAGGCCUAUCAUCUUCUUGAAACUGGUGAAACAGGAGAACGACCAGCAAAAUAUGUGUACAAUGCUCUUGGUAUGAGAUUUUUCUAUCGUAUGACACAGCACAGAAUUCCAAAAUUCAUGAAUAAGAAGUGGUUCAAAACGCAUCACUUUGGAUUUGGUGGUUAUGCCGUUCGCACGUUCUUGAGAAAGUACAAUGAAAAACAGAACAAUAAAGAGCGUACCAAACAAAGGGGUCAAGAGCGAUAUGUAUUACGUCUCAUGCAACAGUUCCCUAACAUGGACAUGGACGCUGUGAAGAAAUAUUGGCCAGAUGUCGACAUAGAAAAAUUAAGAAACAAGGAAGAUAUCCGUGGACAUUUUGUUCCACAAUAACUGUUUUAAACUCCAACAAAAGAUUGAAUAAUGUACUGUGAAUAUAGUAAAUCCAUUAACAUACA